AUGCUGUCUGUCAUAUUCCUACAUUUGUGGCUCACGUGUCUUUUGACAGUCGUCACGCGUACCUCCGCGCAAGACGAAGUCGGAUGCACAGGCAAUAGUAGCACCUACAAUGAUGCUGGCUUGGUGGUUCCAUUUCAAAACCUCUGCGGCAAAGAUAUAGGCGCCGUAGUCGACUUCCUGGAUCCGACGGACGAACAGACUUGGUACGAUUGCAUGACUCGCUGCGUCAAGAAAGAGCCGCUAUGUUACGGAUACGAUUUCAGACCUUUCGGCGACGUCAACAAAAACUGCUGGCUCAUGAACGCUACGUUCGACGCUGACACGGCGGUGUAUCCUGGCUACGUGGUUGAUGCCGCCAUGUUGGGGCCUGACCUCUUGAACGAGCUGUCUGAUGACUGUUUAACGUUAGGAUUGUGGGGUUGCUUUCUCAAGAAUGGUGGAAUACAGAACGAAACGACAUCUACAUCGCCAGCUGCAAGCUCGACGACUUCUGUGACCUCGACGCCUUCCGCUUCCUCUAUCACGAACGCGGCUCCUUCCAAGUCCAACGGUCUUUCUGCCGGCGCGAAAGGCGGUAUAGUGGCUGGUAUCGUGGCUGUUACGGUGAUGCUAGUAGGCUCGCUCGUCGCCUUUGUGGUUGUCCGGAAACGAAAACAAAGAGUGCGGCAUGCCCCUGAUGCGAGUGCUGCGGAAGUCUCAGCUCAGAACCAAAGGAUAGAAUUGCUAGCACAUAAGGGUUCAUACAGCACUGCAGAGCUUGCGAGCCCAGAUUCUGUACACGAACUUGGUGGGUCUGGGCCUGACAAGCUGCCUGUAGCGAUGGGGGAGCUUAUGGGAAGUUCGCCAGAGCGGCAUGAGUUAAGUGGCACUGAGAAGCGCUAG